AAGUCCAAAAAGUUUCUCACACUCUAAAAUUCUUUACCUUGAGUUUUAGUUUAUUUAAUUUAUUAAACCCCUAGCAAAACUCCAAACAACCGGCACAUAAAGUGGUGUGGUGUGUUUGAGCCAAUGGAAGUCAUACCACAUAUGAGACAUUUUGAUUUGUUUGUAAAUUUACCUCUAUUGGUGUCUGUCUGUCCUAUGUGAGCUAUCACAAACAUUAGUCUUCGUCAAAUACUUAACUUUUAGUCUCCGACAGCUAAAUUUUGUCCUAAAUGAGCAUAAUUUAACAGUAAAUUAUCCCAAAACACAACAUUACAAUCAGCAAACGAUGCAUAGGUGUGAAUGUGAAUCUGACUAACUUCUUCUAGUUUAAACGGCGAUUAAUGUGGUCGUUUCAAAGUUUAUCCUCAAUUCGUCGUUAGCAAAACUAAUAAGAGCAGCAGGUGAGAUUAGGUUAUCUUCUCUUCUCUACUUAUCUCCUUCAUCGAAGCUACUCCAUUUUCUAUGGCACAAGUACUAUUUUACCAUCGGUAUCGAACUCCAAACCCAUAAAGAGUAAAGAGAGAUAAAGUUGAAACCUUUAAAAAAACAAAAAAACUUCAAACCUAAAAUGAUUCGCAAUCUUUUCUCAUCUCUGACUCACCGAUUCGCCUGGCGGGUUCCGCUUUUCGUCUACGGCGCCACGUGGACGUUGUUUCUGACUACCACGGUGGCGAUCAUCUCUCUCGCACCGGAAUUCGCAUUCGUGUCGGCGAUUUACCCGUCUUCCUCUGCUUCUUCCGCGGGGUUCUCGCGGCGGUGCGGUUCCGACGCAGCCAUUUUGGUUCCGUUGGAUCUUCCCACGGAGGUGUUGUGUCUUCCGGCGAAUCUUUUCCGGAGGUCGAAGAUGGACCUCGUUGUGCCGCCGGUUUUUGCAGCGAUUGUUGUUGCUCUUUCCGCCGUCGUCGUACGAACGAUGGGCCUUUGGGAAGCUGAAGAAACCCACUAGUAUAGGCCCAUUAUACAGUGUUGACUUGACACCUAUUCUCAUUAGUGCAUUUUUUUUCUUUUUAUAACCUUUGUAAUAAUAUACGUUUCUUAAUUUCUAAAUUUCAUUUGGAGAAAUUAAAUAAAUAGAUUACUAGAUGAAAAUAAUGUUAUUUCUUACACAAA